AGAGGAGGAGCAGCUGGGACUGAGUCAUGGCAGGAAGCUGAGGAGGGCGGGAGAUCACACCAGACAAUUAUAAAAGAAGAGCUGGUCCUGAAGCUCACAACCGUAACAGCCACCAGACAAGCUUCAGUGGCCGGCCCUUCACAUCCAGACUUGCCUGAGAGGACCCACCUCUGAGUGUCCAGUGGUCAGUUGCCCCAGGAUGGGGACCACAGCCAGAGCAGCCUUGGUCUUGACCUAUUUGGCUGUUGCUUCUGCUGCCUCUGAGGGAGGCUUCACGGCUACAGGACAGAGGCAGCUGAGGCCAGAGCACUUUCAAGAAGUUGGCUACGCAGCUCCCCCCUCCCCACCCCUAUCCCGAAGCCUCCCCAUGGAUCACCCUGACUCCUCUCAGCAUGGCCCUCCCUUUGAGGGACAGAGUCAAGUGCAGCCCCCUCCCUCUCAGGAGGCCACCCCUCUCCAACAGGAAAAGCUGCUACCUGCCCAGCUCCCUGCUGAAAAGGAAGUGGGUCCCCCUCUCCCUCAGGAAGCUGUCCCCCUCCAAAAAGAGCUGCCCUCUCUCCAGCACCCCAAUGAAGAGAAGGAAGACCCACCUCUUCCAUAUCAGGAGGAGAUAAUCAUCCAAUCCAUGCCGAGAGAAGGAACGCCAGCUCCAUUUGGGGACCAGAGCCAUUCAGAACCUGAGUCCUGGAAUGCAGCCCAGCACUGCCAACAGGGCCGGUCCCAAGGGGGCUGGGGCCACCGGCUGGAUGGCUUCCCCCCUGGGCGGCCUUCUCCAGACAAUCUGAACCAAAUCUGCCUUCCUAACCGUCAGCAUGUGGUAUAUGGUCCCUGGAACCUACCACAGUCCAGCUACUCCCACCUCACUCGCCAGGGUGAGACCCUCAAUUUCCUGGAGAUUGGAUAUUCCCGCUGCUGCCACUGCCGCAGCCACACAAACCGCCUAGAGUGUGCCAAACUUGUGUGGGAGGAAGCAAUGAGCCGAUUCUGUGAGGCCGAGUUCUCGGUCAAGACCCGACCCCACUGGUGCUGCACGCGGCAGGGGGAGGCUCGGUUCUCCUGCUUCCAGGAGGAAGCUCCCCAGCCACACUACCAGCUCCGGGCCUGCCCCAGCCAUCAGCCUGAUAUUUCCUCGGGUCUUGAGCUGCCUUUCCCUCCUGGGGUGCCCACAUUGGACAAUAUCAAGAACAUCUGCCACCUGAGGCGCUUCCGCUCUGUGCCACGCAACCUGCCAGCUACUGACCCCCUACAAAGGGAGUUGCUGGCACUGAUCCAGCUGGAGAGGGAGUUCCAGCGCUGCUGCCGCCAGGGGAACAAUCACACCUGUACUUGGAAGGCCUGGGAGGAUACCCUUGACAAAUACUGUGACCGGGAGUAUGCUGUGAAGACCCACCACCACUUGUGUUGCCGCCACCCUCCCAGCCCUACUCGGGAUGAGUGCUUUGCCCGUCGGGCUCCUUACCCCAACUAUGACCGGGACAUCUUGACCAUUGACAUCAGUCGAGUCACCCCCAACCUCAUGGGCCACCUCUGUGGAAACCAAAGAGUUCUCACCAAGCAUAAACAUAUUCCUGGGCUGAUCCACAACAUGACUGCCCGCUGCUGUGACCUGCCAUUUCCAGAACAGGCCUGCUGUGCAGAGGAGGAGAAAUUAACCUUCAUCAAUGAUCUGUGUGGUCCCCGACGUAACUUCUGGCGAGACCCUGCCCUCUGCUGUUACCUGAGUCCUGGGGAUGAACAGGUCAACUGCUUCAACAUCAAUUAUCUGAGGAACGUGGCUCUAGUGUCUGGAGACACUGAGAACGCCAAGGGCCAGGGGGAGCAGGGCUCAACUGGAGGAACAAAUAUCAGCUCCACCUCUGAGCCCAAGGAAGAAUGAGUCACCCCAGAGCCCUAGAGGGUCAGAUGGGGGGAACCCCACCCUGCCCCACCCCUCUGAACACUCAUUACAGUAAGCACCUCUUGGA